AUGAUGAGCGUGAAGCAGAGGAUCAUUCAGAUGGCAAGGAAGUGGCAGAAAAGGGCUGCCAGCGGGAGAAUUUCGUAUCCAGGUGGAAGGGACUCAUCCGAUCAUGAUGGGAAUGGCUGGGCAGCAAAUAAGGGGCACUUCGUAGUAUACAGUACGGAUCGGAAGCGAUUUGUGGUUCCCAUAGAAUAUCUGAGGAGGAAGGUGGUGAAGGAACUGCUGAGAUUGUCGGAGGAAGAGUUUGGACUGGCAAGGAAUGGACCCAUUACGCUGCCAAUCGAUGGCACCAUGUUGGAGUACGUCAUGUCGUUAGUGGGAGAACGUGUGCCUGAAGACGUAGAGAAGGCUUUGAUCUCUUUCUCUACCAUGUCUACGUGCCACGCCCUCCCCUGCUCUCCUCAUCAUCCUCUUCUCCUCACACGACAACCUACCAUCUACGGCUUUUGA